AUGGCUUUGUCGCGGCGCUGCCUGCUCCCCGUCCUGCUGGUGGUCACUCUCACAGUGGUGUUCGCUCUUCACGGAGCAGCCGCCGGGAGUGAGGACGACGUGUUGGUGAAGACGCCGUUGGGCGUGGCGCGCGGCCUCGUGGGUCCCGGCUUCUUCUCCUUCCGUGGCCUUCCCUACGCCGAACCGCCGGUGGGCAAUCUGCGGUGGCAAGCGCCCGUGCCCAAGGCCUCGUGGGGACCCAACGUGCUCGACGCCUCUGCGUUUGGGCAUUGCUGCAUGCAGCCGGGACACUGGAGCGACAUCAGCGAGGACUGUCUCACGCUCAACGUCUUCACGCCCCAGAACGCCACCUGCGGCGGCACCGGAGCCCAGCUGCUGCCGGUCAUUCUGUUCAUCCACGGCGGCGCGUUCGUCAAUGGUUGCUCACGCGAGCGGGUUUUCACGAGUGACUUCGUCGUCAACUCGACCAACACCAUUUUGGUGACCACCAACUACCGCCUGGGCGCCCUGGGCACCUUCGCCAACGACAUCUCUCAGGGCAACUUCGGUCUGCUGGACCAGAUCACGGCCAUGGAGUGGGUGAAGGCCAACAUCGCCUACUUCGGCGGCGACCCCAAUCGGGUGACGAUCUCGGGCGAGUCGGCGGGCGCCAUGUCCGUCGGCAUGCACCUGGCCUCGCCGGUUAGCAUCCAGCGCAACCUCUUCCAGGCCGCCAUCCUCGAAAGCGACCCCUUCUCCUUCCAGUCGCCCUCAUUGAACGAGGCCAAGGAGUACGCGACGUUCUUGGGGGCCUACCUGGCCUGCCCCGAGAACGACAUGGCGUGCCUGCUCUCCAAGCCGGCCGAGGAGGUGAUCGCGGCGCAGAGCAAGGUGCUGGUGGUGCCCUGGCCGCCGAAGCUCGCCAUCAAUGCGCUCCCGUGGAUGCCCUUUGUCGACGGCACCGUCAUUGCCGAUCAAGCUCUCAGCAGGUAUGCGGCGGGCAAAUUCCACAGGGUGCCCGUGCUGGUGGGGACCAACCAGAACGAGACGCUCACCUUCGCCAUGGACAUCACUUCGCCCCUGCACAACCAGGCACGCAUCAGCUCUCUCUCGCGCGCAGCACCCGACGGGAGCGCUAUCUACGACUGGGAGUACGAGUCGCUCAUGUACGUCCUGUUCGGCGAACAUGCCUUGGAAGUGCUGAAGCUCUACCCGCCCACGUACACGGGACAGGACUUCUACACGCUGGUGCGGAUGACGACCGAUUUCCUGUUCGUGUGCUCCACCCGCAACGCCGCCCUCUCGCUUUCGUCGUACGGCGUGCCCGUCUUCACGUACCACUUCCUCCGCUCGGCGCCCCCGCACACCGACCCCGCCAACCCGCCCUAUUGCUCCGUCAAUAACUCCGUGUGCCACGCUUCGGAGCUUGUGUACGUGUUCCACUCGGCGAGCUUCUUCGCCGACGAGGGCUACGCGUUCUCGCCCGCGGAUUCGCAGCUGUCGUGGGAAAUGCUGCGCCACUGGACCACCUUCGCCCAUACCCAGCCGGGGCGGAACAACAAUGCGACCGUACCCAGCGCUCUGUGGGCGCCCUUCUCCUCCAGCAACCUGGCGUCAAUGGCCUUCAACGUGCCCCAGAGCAGCCUGACCCAAGGAUUCAAUAAGCUGAACUGCGACUACUGGGACUCCAUUGGCUAUCAUUUCUGA